AUUUGAAAAUGCAUUUCGUUCUUUCGUUGCAGGCAAGAUGGUUCUGGGAAGCUUAUUUUCGGUCAGUGAAAGCAAUUGCUUUGGCAACCCUUCAGAUUAUCAACGACAGGAUCUACCCAUAUGCUGCCAUAUCUUAUGAAGAAUGGAACGAUCCCCCAGCUAUUAAAUGGAGCAGUGUGAGCAACCCACUCUUCCUUCCAUUGAUCCCACCACAGUCUCAAGGCUUCACAGCUAUAGUGUUGACUUACGACCGGGUGGAGAGUCUCUUCCGAGUCAUCACUGAAGUGUCCAAGGUGCCCAGUCUAUCCAAGUUGCUGGUUGUCUGGAACAACCAGAAUAAGAAUCCACCGGAAGGUAAGAUCCAUCAUUCAACACGAAUGUUGGAAGGUGGGUAGUAUAUGUUGGCAUGGUGGUGGCAUUUCACUUGCUCUACACCUGGUGCAAAAUAAUCUCUUUUCUGUGAACUUUUAAAUAUG